CUCUCGAGAGGUACACUUAUGGCGACAUCUUGUCUUUGCGCCCGAGUCCGUUCAGCUGACCCAUUCGGCUCGACUGCUAUGGACGAUCACCGUAUGAAAUUGGCAUAUGAGCGAUAAAGGCAAAGAGCGCGCUUCACCUGAGCUCGCGAAGGAGGUCGCCUCGCAGAUUCAUUCAUUACAUGAAGAUGAGAGCGACGAAGAGUAUUUGGCACAAAAUUACGAGACACAAAGACAACGUCGUAUCCUGGAGAAUCAGCUUCUGCUCACCACUCUGGGUUUCUCGUCAUCUACCACGCGCAUAACGACCUCUACAGCAUCCCCGACUCGACUGGUUCAGCGGAAGAAACGCCCAGGGGUCGUCUACGAUCGGUCUGGGCACGUAAUAUCUCGACCUUUGGGAGAUGAAAAGCACACGAUGGCGUGUGUGGAGAUACCGCCCGAUAGGCAAUUGACGAGACGAAUUCAAGCUGGAGAAUAUCAGGAUUGCUCACAUUGGGCGGAGGGGGAGGAUAGACGGUGGCGAUUCGGCUUAGGUCGAGGUGGGAAAGUGAGGCACGAGGAGCCGCGAGAGGUCGGUGGUGUUGGGGAAAGCUUCAGGUGGAGAGUAUGGCGGGGACUCGACAAAGAGUUAAGAAAGGAAAUGAGAAAGAGGGGUUUGCUCAAUGAGAUUGAUCAACGGCCCGUCCAAUCAGAGGACGGUCAAGUCUCUGCGUACUCGGACCUUCCAGGCGCAGCCUGCCAUCAAUGUCGACGCAAAUCUGAAAAGCUAAAAAUGCAAUGUCGGAACGUUGAUCCAUUGUGUCGAGCGCUUUUUUGCGAGACUUGCUGCCAGAGGUAUAGCUAUUUCUCCUUUGACCCAGAGUCUCGCUCCUUCAUCUGUCCCCUCUGCCGAGACUGUUGCAAUUGCUCCAAUUGUAUUCGUAAACGACACCUCGGACACCUCUUACCGUCAGCAGGAAAAGGCGGUCGUUCCAAAUCGCUUCGUCAUACUGUUCGAGAGCAAGGUCACGAAGGUAUGACGGUACAGGCCUGGAUUGACAAGGCCACGGAAGAGAGGGUUGGAAUCCCAUUCGACCGAGUCAGGCUCGUUGAUCGCGACAUGGACGUCAUUUCACCAUACAUCGAGCCUGAGCUUAAGCUUCAACCAGAAACAACGCCAAAGAAGCGCAAACAGAGCAAGCAAAGACAGACGAAGAAACAUAAGAAAAAGAAGGAAUCGGAGCGAGAGGACGAGGACGGUGUGACGAUUGCAGAGAAUGGAGGAGAGGGCGAGAAUCGUCCUGUUGUGCUUCGAUUCAAGGUUCCAGGUGACCCUGCAGCCAGAGAGCGAGUCAAAGAGGUCGACUCGGAUGGCGAUACCAUUGAUCAUUGGUCCGGCGACGAGAGCGAGACUUCCCUCACUCCUCUGUCGGAUACUUUAUCCCCCGUCCCUCCUCGACUUGCGUUCCCGCCACGACCUGUAUUUUGGGACAACAUCGAACCUCCCCAAAUCCCCGUGUCCAUUCACAAUUCGCCCAGCCCUCCAUCAGACUCAAGCGAGACUGUCAAACGACGUCGACGUCCACCUCCACCCAUGGCCAACAUCGUCCGAGCGCCUAGACAUGCUCAAAAGGAACAGCCUCUCCCUCAGUGGCAUAUCCCUCCUCAACAAGCGAUGCUGUACGACACAAUCAAACCAGGUCAAUUGAUACCACAAACACUCGAUUUUAUGGGUUCACCUGAUGACUUGGAUGUGCUAGAGAAUGCGACGAGAUUGGCGGAUGAGACGGUGAUGCUGAAUGGGAAUAGAUUGGCUAGUCAAAGUGUCUAGACAUGUCCCAGAGUCCCCGUUGCAUGUAUACAGUCACUCGCG